AUGGUCCUGCUGCUGACAGUCAAGAUGCAGCGCGCUAUGAGGAGGAUUGGAACCCGUGUCCGCACACUUCUGCUCUUCGGGAUCAUCUUCAUGGGGAUUCUAGUGUUCCAGGUAUUGUCGUGGAAGCCUGACUCGGACCUGUCCGCGCCGCUAGCGGUGCCCCGAAGAACUGGCGACGGCGAGGCGGGACCAGGACGCGCCUCGCACCGCCCGGCUCCUGGCGCCGUCCCGGGACGGCAAGGCAGCUCUCCCGGUGCAGCAGAAGAUGAGGUCGUCUGGGGCGAAGAGCCUCGGGAAACGGGCAAGGUCUUCUCCGCGAUAAGGAAAUCUGAACAGGCUGAAAGUUUACCGCUUCAGACAAGCCCGCUGGCGGAAACAAGCGGGAAGUCCAACGCCACGGUCCUUCCUCUUGUCAACACUGUCUUCCUCCUGGGCAUGAACGUGUCGUACAUGGGCUGUUAUGAGGACAACGUGCUGCCCAACCGGAGGGCUCUACAGGACGACUUCUUCGCGGACUACCGCAGGAUGACGAUUGAGAAGUGUCUGGCACACUGUCGGAGGAAGGGACUGUACUAUGUUGGUCUGGAGUUCGGGGGUGAGUGUUACUGCGGGAAGAACAUCCACGCUGUCCCCGUACCCUCCCGGGAGUGUAACAUGACCUGUCCCGGGCGCCAUACGUCACGUGUCACGUGUGGGGGCGUGGCCAGGAUAGCCAUCUACAGGAUGGACCAGAAGGCUCUGGAGAAGAUACACAAAGAGCGGCUGAAGCAGCGAGCGAUUCCGAUUCCGACGAUUGCCGACUCCUACCGAGGGUGUUUCCGAAUGACGACAGCACCCGAGCAGAUCUCGCCCUCGCCUCCCUGGCAGGACGACCGCCUGUCCCCGCUCUUCACGCUAGCGAUCAUGGGAAACUUCACCACCUGUCAGUGUGCCAACGUCACCGCCAACUUCCGGAUCUCCAACGCCUCUGGGGACGAGAACUGCAACUACCCGUGCGCUGGGAACGAGGAACAGCGAUGCGGAGGGCCGGGCCACGCCUCCAUCUAUAGGACAAAUGUGGAGGAUGUGCGCUGCUCGCAUCAGGAGUUUAUCGUGCCGGACCACAGCCGUCCGCUGGUCGCCCUGGCCAGCUUCCCCGGCUCAGGCAACACCUGGGUCCGCCACCUCAUCGAGAAGGCCACGGGGAUCUACACGGGCAGCUUCUACAACGACGGAGACCUUUACCUGAAAGGUAACUUUGACCUAAACACGGUUAAAGGAGAGAGAGAGAACUGGCGGAGAGGGAACACCAUCGUGGUGAAAACGCACGUCUUUGACAAGGAGCACAUCCAGACGUUUGACGGCGCCAUCCUGCUGCUGAGGAACCCUUACCGAGCCAUACAGGCCGAGCAUAACAGGAGACUGGCGGGACAUACGGGGCUAGCAGGGGCAAAGAGCUAUUGGACACAAGAAUGGGUGGGUUUUGUGAAAGGAGGGUCCCAGACCUGGGCGAACACCGCUCUGGAGUGGAUAAAACACUGCAAGAAACUCUUCGUCAUUCACUACGAGGAUCUGCGGAAGGACGUCAUCGGCCAGAUAAAGAGAAUAUUACAGUUCCUGGAGGUUCCUGUGUCUGAAGAAAGACUUCUGUGCGUAGAGACGGACAAGGACGGGAAAUUCAAACGGAGAAGACAUCUUGAUUUCGAUCCGUACAAAGCGGAAAUGCACGAGGCCAUUGACAUCUACAUCCGGUCCGUGGGGAUGGCGCUACAGCUGAACAACCUGACGAAAAUUCCACAGGAAUACUACCCGGAUCAACCUGUUUAAGACUCCUCGUUAUACCAUGUCAUAACGCGUCUAUGUUCAGAUGUUUAUUUGUGAAAAGCAAUUUGCGAUGACCAAGCGUUAUUUGUGUAUAUUUGGCAAUCGAUAUUUUCGAUGUUAUAUGGUCGUGUAGUGUGGAUAUAAAGCGACUCUCAAUAUCGUAAAACAAGUCCAUCGUUGAAAUGGCCGUGUAUAAUCGCUGGACCCUGCAACUAUAAAACUACAGGAAACCGAUACCAAACUCAGAGUAAUACCAUAGGAACUCAUAAAAAGUCAGAUAGAAAUUAAGUUUUCAUCAAUGUCACAUUAGACCGAGACAGAAUUGUU